UAAAAGCCUGUCAUUUGGGACCAAAACAGAGAUCGGAUUGUUUACACGCAGGCGGCAUCUUAAUUCAUUAAAAAUUUAGUCAAUAGGUUUAAAUAUAAGUUCAAAGUGUAUAGUGCUAAGUAUCGCGCAGCGAUGGCAAUCCUUAUAAAGCAAGAGUUGAUCAUCAACGCCGAGGAGGAGCACGCUCCCGCGCUGGAACCGACCGCCAUCAGCGAUUCAGCCGCCACCUUUUGCGCCCUCUGCAUCCGGGAAGUGCCCACAAAUGGAAACUUUUUCGAGUUCACGCACCAAAACUCGACCGAGUUCCGCGAUCUGCUCGGGGAGCUGUUUGGCAUCGACCUUCACCUGCAGCACUUUAUCGUGUGCCGAACCUGCUGGAAGAUGCUGCAGAUGGUGGGCGACUUUCGGGAGUGCUGCCUCAAGGGACAGAGCUGGAUGGAGCGGUUCGUGGGCGGCAUCCGGAGUGACGACGAUUGGCUUUCGGACGAGAUGACGCAGAUGAUCGACUGCCUGCAGGCGGCCAUUGAGGACCACAUGGAGCAGAUCGAGCAGAACGAUGCCAUCGACGAGGGGGGAUAUUCGGUGGGGAAGGUUCAAGCUGGCGAAACGCUCGAGUCGCUGGAGGUUAAUGGAUCGUACGGGGGUGACGGGCAUGAAGAGUACGACGAGGCAGAGCAGAAUUCGCUGAGCUUGGUCAUUGCUGAGGCACAGUUGAGUGAAGUAGGAGGGUUGAACACAUCAAAAGGGGAUAUAAUGUGCAGAAUAUGUAAUGUUCCAUUGAAAAAGGACAGCCUUGUGAAACACAAGCGAUCGAAGCGGCACAGACUUCAAGUCAAAGUACAUAAACGGACACAACUGAAUCAUGUUGGGAUUACUGUAGAAACGGAACCAUCGCUGGAAUCGGAUCAAUCCGAUUGGUACGAGGACUUGAACGAAUCUAAUGCCGCAAAUGUCGAAGUUGUCCAGGAAAAAGCAAGUGACGAUCAAAAAGAAGUGGAGUGUAAAAUUUGUAACAUGAAGUUUUCUAGAGGAGCAAAUUUCGACAGACACAGACUGACUAAGCAGCAUCAGCUGCAAGCCAAAGAAGCUGGCUACGAAGAGGAACUUGGACUGGCUCUCGUGGGAACCACCUGUACCGUUUGUAAUCUUACUUUCGGAAGAAAUGAUUACUUCCAAAAACAUUUGAUGACAAAGAGGCACCUGAUGCUGGUCGAUAAACAAAGCGGAACUGACGGAGCUGACAUUUAUAUUCUACCCGAGAAUGAAAUUACCCCUGAACAUGAAGUUAACCAAAUCAGUCCACAUCCGAUUGUGACUGAAAAAAUUCAACAGAAUAACGGCGAGGAGGGUAUUGUCUCAACAGAGCACAAGUGCCGAUUUUGCCAGUGCCUUUACGCGAACGCGUACCAGCUGGAGAAACACAUUCACAACAUACACUUUGACAACAUGCUCCAGUGUCGCGUGAUGUGCAAGAAGCGAUUCCUGAGCAAGAAAAAUCUCAUCCUCCACGAGAAAAUCUGCCGGGACAAGUCGCUCACCUGUUCGUUUUGCAAGAUCAAGUGCGGCUCGCGGAAAGCCCUGCUCGCGCACGAGCGCAACUUCCACAACGGAACGGUGUGGAAGUGCAAGUACUGCGAUAGGAAGUACAAGAAGCGAUCGGACCUGAAACAUCACCAUCUGGUCAAACACGGAAAGGAUGCGGGCAAACAUUGCUGUCAGCUGUGUGGAAAGUUCUUCAACACGGCAAAAUCGCUGGAAUAUCAUCAGUUUACCCACACCGGGACGCGACCGUACUCGUGCGAGCACUGUGGAAAAGGCUUCAUCUACUACACCGGGAUGAACAGACACAUUCGCGAUGUACAUAAAAUAUACACAUGAACUGAUGAUUUUUUCUUUUGAAUGUUGGACUGAGUUUAAUAAACGACAAAAUAUAUGUUUGGUUUGCAAAAA